GGGCUCUGGGGACCCACACCUUCCCGCUCGGGAGCCGCGUCUCUGCAGCCCGGCGCCUCUCACACGCUGCUCGCCUCUGUCGCGACCGGGAAGUUGCGGGUUCUCUCGACCCCCGUGGGCUAGGGGGUGCCCAAACAGCCGCAGAGCCGAAGAUCGGCGCCGUCGAGGGCCCUGAGAGCAACCGCGAGCCAGGACUCGUUCACGUCCCCAGGCAGCCCCGCGUCCCCGCCCGUGUCCUGGUCCCUCCCCGAGGCGCGCAGGUGUCGCCCGCCCUCCGCCUCAAGCCGCGGACGCUUACCUCCGCCCGGGACCCGCUCGAUUUACGGCCGCUCCCGCGCGCCCAUGCGACCCGCGAGGUCAGGCGCCCCGCUGCCCGCGCUGCUCGUGCUGGCGCUGGUUCUGUCCCCGCACGGGACCCAGGGUAGGCCCGGGGGCCGCAGGGACGCGCGUGUUGUGGGCGAGGAGCCGAAGCCCUGGCUGUCCCUCCCCGCCGCCUCCAGGAGCGCAGAAAUAUUCCCAAGAGAUUUGAACUUAAAAGACAAAUUCAUAAAGCAUUUCACAGGGCCGGUCACAUUUUCAGCUGAAUGUCGCAAACAUUUCCACAGGCUCUACCACAACACCAGGGACUGCUCCACGCCAGCCUAUUACAAAAGAUGUGCUAGACUGCUAAAAAGAUUAGCAGCAAGUCCUCUGUGCUCACAGACCUAGAAAAUCUACACGAGCAUUUCUUAAGAAUGUAAAUCUAAUUUGAAGGGGAAAAAAGGACCUGGAAUCAUACCAACUGUAAAAAGAGACGAACCUCCUAAUUUUUUUUUUUUUGGUCUUUUUGUCUUUUUAGGGCUGUACCAGCAGCAUAUGGA